ACCUAUAGAUAUAGAGAGAGAGAGAGAGAGAGAGGCAGAGAGAGAAAGAAAGCGAGAGUUUUCUGUUACCGAAAAGUGUCCCUCCUCGCUCCCCCACCCUCUCUAUCUCUCCGCUCUCCAGAUAAGAGUCUAGAGAGAGAGAGAACAAGAUGAUGAAGAUGGUGUGUGUUGGCUGGUGGAGCCAGUGCGCAUUGCGCACCAGUUCAUCCCUUCUCCUCGCACGCAUCCCUAUGGAUACUUCAUCUCUUACAGCCUGUUGCAACCACUCAAUUUAAGCUAGUAAAUAUACAGUUACUCUUUUCCUUCUAAACUCACAACCGCUCUCACUUUCUCUCUCUCUAGUUGAGCAGUGAUUGAUUUCCUUCCCACAAUCUGAGCCCUACAACGAGUUGACUCGCCGGAGGGGCUACAAUGGAUCCAUGUCCUUUCGUGCGCUUGACCGUAGCCAAUCUCGCCCUCAAGAUUCCGGUGGCUUCGAAGCCCGCUCGCUCCGUCGUACACCCCUCGUCCUCGCCGUGCUUCUGUAAAAUCAGGCUCAAGAAUUUCCCGCUCCAAACCGCCGUCGUUCCAUGCAUUCCGCCGGAGAACCAGUCCCUCGACGGCCAGACUCAGCCACCGGCGGCGACUUUCCAUCUGAACAAGUCAGAUCUCGACAAACUCGCCGGGAAGUCUCUCUUCGCCGGAAAGCCGUAUCUCAAAAUCUCGAUUUAUACAGGGCGUAGAGGAACCACUUGCGGUGUGAACUCCGGGAGGCUGUUGGGGAAGGUGUCGGUGCCGCUGGAUCUGGCUGGAACGGAGUGUAAGCCUUGCGUGUUUUACAACGGUUGGAUUUCGGUAGGCAAAGACGCGAAGAGGUCGAGCGCGCAGUUUCGUCUCAAUGUGAAGGCCGAGCCUGAUCCGAGAUUCGUGUUUCAAUUCGAUGGCGAGCCUGAGUGCAGUCCACAAGUAUUUCAGAUCCAGGGCAACAUUCGCCAACCGGUGUUCACAUGCAAAUUUAGCUUCAGAAGCAACGCCGACCGAAAUCAGAGGUCCAGAUCGUUACAGUCCGACCCAGGCAGUUCAAGGGGGUGGUUGAGUUCGUUCGGAAGCGAGAGGGAGCGUCCAGGAAAGGAGCGAAAGGGAUGGUCAAUCACGGUCCACGAUCUCUCCGGUUCACCAGUUGCCGCAGCAUCGAUGGUGACUCCAUUUGUGGCCUCGCCCGGUUCAGACCGGGUCAGCCGGUCCAACCCGGGCUGCUGGCUCAUCCUCCGCCCCAGUGACGGCACAUGGAAGCCCUGGGGCCGGUUCGAGGCGUGGCGAGAGCGCGGUGCCAAUGACGGCCUUGGCUACCGUUUCGAGCUCAUCCCGGACAAUUCGGCCGCCGGCAUUGUCCUUGCCGAGUCAACUUUGAGCUCCAGCAAAGGUGGCAAGUUUGUGAUCGACCUCGGUGCAUCGGCCAAUGGGAGGUCGACACCUGGAAAUUCGGCGGCAUCGCCAGGGUGUAGCCCCAGGGGGAGUGGGGACUUUGGCUAUGGGCUGUGGCCUUACUGUAUGUACAGAGGGUUUGUGAUGUCGGCAAGGGUGGAAGGAGAAGGAAGCAAGUGCAGUAAACCGGCAGUGGAGGUGAGUGUGCAACACGUGAGUUGCACGGAGGAUGCAGCUGUAUUUGUGGCAUUGUCAGCGGCCGUUGAUCUAAGCAUCGACGCUUGCAAGCUUUUCUCUCAAAAGCUCAGAAAAGAACUGUGCCAGUCACAUGAUUUGCUCAGCUGAUCAUGACUUGAAUGUGAAUUUCUCUAUCAUUUUCAAAAAUUUUAACCCUUUCUUUCA